CUCGUCUACGUUUUUAUACUAAUUUGUAGUCAUUUUAGAAUCUGCCGACACGUCACAAACAAGCCUGGACAUAGAAGGUUGCGUAGUUAUGAAUCGUUUAAGCCGAUGGGCCAAAAGUAACCGUUACUCAAUGAAGUUCAUCAAAACGGUUUUGAUUGGCCUUGGCCUGUUCAUAUCUUUCUUCAUGGGAGGAAUGGUUUACAUGGCCCUGUUGGCGCCAUCUCCGGUCUGUCUUACCGGACAAUCCAAAGCAGACCUCCUCUUUACACAACCUGAGAAGAGUCCACUCGAGACCAGCUAUAUUUAUAUGCCAGGGAAAGGUGCGCACGGAAACCUCAUGUUCGAGUACGCCGCCGGCUACUGCAUCGCCAAGAAACUUGACCGGAGCUUCAUUGUGUCCUAUAGAUUCAAGCUAUUACUCAGCAGUCUCUUCCACCUCUCAGCGCCAGAACCAGAACAACAGUCCGAUGGCGUCAACGUGACAGAUUUCUCCGUCUUCACCCAGAGACCCAAGUGCUGUAAGUACGAUGAGAGGGUCACAAAACUCCCACGACUUGACAUAACACUGAAGGGAUUUUUCCACUCCUGGCUAUAUUUUGAAUCUUGUGCCGACGACAUAAGACGAGAAUUUACAUUAAUAGACCCACUUCCAAAGAGAGCAAACGAUUUUCUUCUUAAGGCAAUUAAGUCAUUCAAAUGGGAUCCCGAGUCCGUUGUAUUCGUGGGCAUGCACAUACGACGAGGUGGUCGGAGACCAGGCCUGUUGCCUCUUACCCACGGCGAUGCAAAGCCGCCCCCAGGUUACUACGCCAAAGCCAUGAAUUACUACGAUAAGAAAUUCCCAAGGAGAAACGUUAUGUUUGUUGUAGCAUCUGAUGAUAUUAGAUGGGCCAGAAACAAUUUAGACCAUCCGAACAUCGUGAUCAGUGGGGACAAAACGGUGGACUUUCACAUGGCAGUUUUGUCGAAAUGUAAUCACAGCAUAAUUAGUGUAGGCUCCAUUAGUUGGUGGAGUGCCUGGCUGACAGGUGGGAGCGUGGUGUAUUAUAACGGAUGGCCCUCCCCUCAUAGUCUCAUAUCUCAAAAGUACACGCUCAAUCAGUACUUCUAUCCUAGAUGGGUGGGGAUGUCAUAAUUUGGUUUUUACGUUUAUGGAAGGACCACUUUUUGAAAUUGACGUUUAAUUAUAAAAGAUGUUUGAUUAUUAAUAAGUCGCAGAAAGUGUUUUAAGCUCCAUUAGGGUGCAUUCCCAGAGAUUUAGAUUUAGAUCAACCUAACUCCCAGGGGGUUCACGCUAAAUUGCAGUCAACC